UCCUCUUCAAGCCGGGUCGCCCUGUGGCGCACUGGUCCCCAGGGAGUAAACGUGCACCCCUGGGCCUUUAAGCAUGCCUCACUCUCAGGAAUCUUACCCGAACCCUGCCGUAGGCGACAAAGACACACAUUUGGGAAAUCUGCUGGCCUCUAAGAAAUCGACUUUUAAGAACCCAACCCACCUCGUGCAGCAGCAGGACACCUGGAAUCGGCUCAGCUCGACUUCUACAGCCACAUCCAUAAGGCGAGACGCCUACUUUUAUGAUCCGAAGAUACCAAAGGAUGAUCUGGAUUUCCGCUUAGCCGCCUUGUAUGACCACCACACUGGGGCAUUCAAGAACAAAACUGACAUACUGUUACACCAGGAGACCAUUGAGGAUAUGCAGGGAACCAAACUCCAGUUUCCUGGAGAAUGUUUCCACUCUCCUUCAGCCCCCAUCACUUCCCGGACUACAAUCAGGCACUGGAUCAACCCUAAGAAAGAAUCCAUCCAUAGCAUUCAGGGAUCCAUAGUGUCCCCUCACACGGCGGCUACUAAUGGAGGUUACUCCCGAAAAAAUGAUGGUGGCUUCUUCUCCACCUAGUGGUGACAACUGGGCUAAUUUCGCCAUGGUGGAACAUGCAGUCACCCAUCUUCAUUAAAUAGGUUUGUUCAAGAUGAA